AUGGAUCGUCGGAUGUCAGAAUUGCAAGGUGGCGAUAACAACAACGGACGAAGAAACAACGAUUGGCCGAUAUGCGAGAACGUUCUGCUAUCGCUAUCCGAGGACGUGCGACCUUUGUUCGCCCGGAACCAAGACCAGGACGAAAGGGACGCCAUGGUGUCCGCCAACGUCCAAAUCUGUCUGGCCGAAAGGGUGGGCCCGUCCGAAAGGGCCAUGAAGCAACUGUUCUUUCGAAGAGUGCGUCAACAGUUUCGGUCGUCGCCAGCGGUCACGCCCACGAUCUUGGCCGCCAGACAGAUGAUCACCCGCUUGACGGCCGUCCGUUCGGUGUACUUGGACGGCCAGUACUACGGAUCCGAGACGUCACACGUGUACCGGCCGGUGGAAGAACUGUCCGCGUUCACGGUCACCGCGGUACGUAACGGCUACACGUUCACCGCCGGCACGGUGCACUACGACGACGGCGACACGAACGCGUGCCACUUGCACGGGCUCGUCGACCGGCGGAGCCGGGUGGCCGUCGACUGUUCGCUGUUGACCGUGGCCCUGCCACGUCACCGGAGCGCCGUCAAGAUGUAUUCAAAACUCCGAACAGCGGCGGACGGCAGCGUCGUUAUCCCGCCCGUUCUUGUGCUGCAUCACUUUCACGUCUUCAACACCGCCGACCUGUUCCGCUGA